GAGUGGUAGGAUCUGCUGAAACAGAAUGCUUGUUUCCUCAGUUGUGUCUCUCUCUUUCUCUCUCUCUCUCUCCACCAUAAGAAAGUUCUUUGUCUUUUUUAUUGAUUGAUUGGGUUUUGGUCUAGAAACGAAUCGUUCCUUAAUGGCUUCCCAAAUUGCGAGACGCAUGCUUCGAAGUUACGCGAAGGGUAUCUUCUGUAGCCCUAAGAAUUCAGGAGCUAGGGUUUUCGAUCGAAACUUCACUACAGCCGCGUCUGAAUCCAAUCUGAUCCGAGCCACACUCUUCCCUGGCGAUGGUAUAGGUCCCGAAAUCGCCAAUUCCGUCAAACAGAUAUUUAGCUCUGCUGAUGUGCCCAUUGAAUGGGAAGAACACUAUGUCGGGCAGGAGAUAGAUCCUCGAACCCAGAGUUUUCUCACAUGGGAAAGUCUAGAAUCUGUUCGAAAAAACAAGGUUGGCUUAAAAGGACCAAUGGCCACCCCAAUUGGAAAAGGUCACCGCUCGUUAAACCUUACUUUGAGGAAAGAGCUAAAUCUGUAUGCCAAUGUUAGACCUUGCUACAGUCUGCCUGGAUACAAGACUAGGUAUGAUGAUGUUAACCUCAUCACCAUCCGCGAAAAUACAGAAGGAGAGUACAGUGGUCUUGAACAUCAAGUGGUGAGGGGUGUUGUCGAAAGCCUCAAGAUCAUUACUCGUCAGGCAAGUUUGAGGGUGGCUGAGUAUGCUUUUCACUAUGCUAAGACACAUGGAAGAGAUAGAGUGUCAGCAAUACACAAAGCUAACAUCAUGCAGAAAACCGAUGGUCUUUUUCUUAAGUGUUGUCGUGAGGUUGCAGAGAAGUACCCUGAGAUCAAAUAUGAGGAAGUUGUCAUUGACAAUUGUUGUAUGAUGCUUGUGAAGAAUCCAGCGCUCUUUGAUGUAUUGGUGAUGCCUAACCUUUAUGGUGAUAUUAUCAGUGACCUUUGUGCUGGAUUAAUUGGGGGACUGGGAUUAACGCCAAGCUGCAAUAUUGGUGAGGGAGAUAUUGCUCUUGCUGAGGCUGUACAUGGCUCAGCACCUGAUAUUGCUGGAAAGAUCCAAUGACCUAGCGGUGGAGGCACUAGUCAGAAAUAUGGAAGCGAGUUUCUAGCCUAAAAGUGAUCUGUUUGGGAAUUAUAUAUGAUACCGUGUUUCACCCAGGGACUCCUUAUCUUUAGUUCAUCUCAAUUUUGUUGUUUAGCAAAGCAUUUUUUAAUUGGAGAUCUGUUUGCUUAUUAGCUAUCUCUGGUGUGGUUGAAUUUAUGUAGAAUAUGGCAAACCCCACUGCUUUGCUUUUGAGUGCUGUCACAAUGCUGCACCAUCUGGAGCUUCAUGAUAAAGCCGAUAGGAUUCAGGAUGCUAUCCUCAAGACAAUUGCAGAAGGGAAGUACCGAACUGCUGACCUUGGAGGCACUUCAUCAACUACCGAUUUUACAAAGGCAAUUUGUGAUCAUCUCUAAAGAAUGAUCAUAAAAAUUUGAUUUUUGCAAUAGGUUCAACAGCAAAUUCUUCCUUGUGAUGUUCAUUUCGGAGAUGCUUUAAACCAUCUGCAGUAGUUAGCACAGGGAUUAAGACUACAUCACCUCGUGAUUCCAUGAGAUAUCCCCGCUUAUGUUAAACAAGCCAUGAUAAGAUGCUGGCUGAGUUACUUGCCUUUGUGUAGAAAUACAACAUGAUUCCAUUCGUGGACUCUUUAGAGCAAAGGAUCAGAAAAGUUUCUUUCCUCGGCUUACCCGAGUACUUUAUGUGGUUGAUUAAUCCUUCUUUCCCCAUAUAUGAAAUAAUAGUUUUGUGAUGUGGGUUUUUUUGUUUUUUCUCAUUUUAAUGUUUGAAUUCUCUGUUCUGUUCUUCCUAUGAC